GCCGAGCACGACGGCCUUCGGUCCCCUCUACUUCACCCACCACAACAGGGGAAAAAAUCCCCACGCCGCCGCCGCCGCCACCUCGCCGCGGCGCACCCGGAUGUAGUAACUUGCCGCCACCACUACCAGCCACCCGCCAACCACUGCCACGAUGGAGGCCUCACCCUCCUCCGCGCUCCCGUGGUGGCUCGCCGCCACUAGCGCCGCCUCCUGCUCCCCGCCGCGGGACUCCUCGGUCUCGUCCAGCCUCGCUUUCCUCUUCCUCUCCCCGUGCCCGCAGCGCGCGCUCGUGGCCGCCCUCGACCUCCUCUUCCUCCUCGCCGCGCUCGCCCUCGCCCUCCGCGCCCGCCUCUCCCGCAGUGGCGGCGUCGGCCCCGACCGCCGCGCGCGGGAGCCACUCCUCGACAAAUCCGACGGCGCCGCGCCCCCUCCCGCGCGCCGCGGGAGGGGGAACUUCCGGCACGGGCUCGCGCUCGGGGUCUCCGCCGUGCAGGCGGCGGCAGCCGUCGUGCUGCUCGUCCUCGCGCUCCUGCGGCUCCGCGGGAGGACGGCGUGGCUCGCGGCCGAGUGCGCCUUCCUCGCCGCGCACGCCGUCGCGCACAUCGCGGCCGCGGGGGUCGUCGCAGCGGAGAGGAAGCCUGGGGCGGCGGCGCUGGUGGUACACCCUCUGCACCUCCGGCUGUUCUGGCUCGGCACCGCGGCUUUCGCCGCGCUCUUCUCCGGGUGCGCGGCCGCGCGGUACGCCGCCGGGGACCCGCUCCUCCCCGACGACCCGCUCGCGUUCGCGUGGCUGGCGCUCUCGCUCCCGCUGCUGUAUUUCUCGGUCACCGGCUCCACUGGCCUUGGUGCCGGUGGUGGCCAUGCCGCCGAGGCAGAGGUGACGUACGCCACGGCGUCGUGGCUCUCGCUCGCCACGUUCGGAUGGAUCGGCCCGCUCAUCAACAAGGGCUACAGGGCGACGCUCGCGCCCGACCAAGUCCCGCCAGUGGCGCCGGCUGACAGCGCCGAGGCGGCGUACGCGCUCUUCGCCUCCAACUGGCCCGCGCCGGCGCCAGGGGAGUCCAAGCCCAAGCGCCCGGUGCUUACCGCGCUGCUGCGCUCCUUCUGGCCGCAGUUCCUUCUCACCGCUGUGCUUGGCCUGGCGCACCUCUCCGUCCUCUACAUCGGCCCGUCGCUCGUCGACAGGUUCGUCAAGUUCGUGCGCCGCGGCGGGGAGCCCAUGGAGGGGCUGCAGCUGGUCGCCAUCCUGCUUGUUGGCAAGGCGGCCGAGACGCUGGCGUCGCACCACUACGAGUUCCAGGGGCAGAAGCUGGGGAUGCGCAUCAACGCUGCGCUGCUCGCCGUCGUGUACCGCAAGUCGCUGAGACUGUCCACGGGCUCCCGCCGCGCUCACGGCGCCGGCGCCAUCAUAAACUACAUGGAGGUGGACGCCCAAGAGGUGGCCAACGUCACGCACCAGCUCCACAAUCUGUGGCUGAUGCCGCUGCAGAUAGCUGUGGCGCUCGCCCUGCUCUACACCCAUCUCGGCCCUGCAGUGCUCACCGCGGUCGCCGCCAUCACCGUGGUCACAGUGGCCGUGGCCUUUGCCAACAAGCUCAAUAUCGAAUACCAGUUCAUGUUCCUAGGCAAGCGCGAUGAGCGCAUGAAGGCCAUCACCGAGCUGCUCAACUACAUCCGCGUGAUCAAGCUGCAGGCGUGGGAGGAGACGUUUGGGGACAAGAUCCGCAAGCUCCGGGAGGAAGAGCUCGGGUGGCUGGCAAAGUCCAUGUACUUCAUGUGUGCCAACACCAUCGUGAUCUGGAGCGGUCCGCUUGCCAUGACCGUGCUUGUGUUUGGUACUUGCGUGCUGACCAGCGUCGAGCUCGACGCUGGAAAGGUCUUUACAGCGACCGCGUUCUUCAAAACGCUCGAUGCACCUAUGCAGAGUUUCCCCGAGGCUAUUGCUGCUGUGACGCAGGCAACCGUGUCCGUUGGCAGGCUUGACAGAUACCUGCUUGAUGCCGAGCUUGAUGACUCGUCAGUGGAGCACGUGGAGGGCACUGGCAUUGGUACAGGUGCUCUGGUCGUGGAGGUGCGUGACGGGAUUUUUGCGUGGGACAUGAGGGGAAAUAAGCAGAGUAAAGAAGGUGAGGACGGUGAUGAAGGUGGUGAAGGCGAGGAUCAGAAAGAUGUGGAGGAAAUACCAGUGUUGGAGACUGUGCUGAAGGGGAUCAAUAUGGAGGUAAGGAGGGGCGAGCUUGUGGCAGUGGUUGGGACAGUAGGGUCCGGCAAGUCAUCGCUGCUUUCUUGCAUAAUGGGGGAGAUGGAGAAGAUCUCUGGCACGGUUAGGGUAUGUGGGAGCACUGCAUAUGUUGCACAGACUGCUUGGAUCCAAAAUGGUACCAUUCAAGAGAAUAUCUUAUUUGGACAACUGAUGUAUGCUGAAAGAUAUACAGAGGUUAUACGGUCUUGCUGCCUGGAAAAAGAUUUGGAAAUGAUGGAAUUUGGGGACCAGACUGAAAUAGGGGAACGGGGAAUCAAUCUCAGUGGUGGGCAGAAACAACGUAUUCAGCUCGCCAGAGCAGUUUAUCAAAAUUGUGAUAUAUAUCUUCUUGAUGAUGUCUUCAGUGCUGUUGAUGCACAUACUGGUUCAAAUAUCUUUAAGGAGUGUCUAAGGGGCACACUUAAAGGAAAGACCAUCAUACUUGUUACACACCAAGUGGAUUUCUUGCAUAAUGUGGACAACAUCUUUGUCAUUAGAGAUGGUAUGAUUGCACAGUCAGGAAAGUAUGAUGAACUACUAGAAGCAGGCUCAGAUUUUGCGGCUCUUGUUUCAGCUCAUGACAGUUCAAUGGAGCUAGUGGAGCAAAGUCGUCAAGUGCAGGAUUCUGAACGUUCUCAGCCAGUUGCAGUAGCUAGAAUCCCUUCUCUACGCUCCAGAUCCAUUGGAAAAGGUGAGAAGAUGGUCGUUGCACCAGAAAUACAAGCCGCCACUUCUAAGAUUAUACAAGAAGAGGAAAGGGAGAGCGGUCAAGUAAGUUGGCAAGUGUACAAACUAUACAUGACAGAGGCUUGGGGCUGGUGGGGAGUUGUGGGAAUGGUUGCAUUCGCAGUUGUUUGGCAGGGUUCUGAUAUGGCUAGUGACUAUUGGCUAUCGUACGAAACAUCAGGCAGCAUUCCAUUUAACCCAUCCUUGUUCAUUGGAGUGUAUGUGGCCAUAGCAGUUUUUUCGAUUGUCCUUCAAGUAAUCAAGACUCUUCUUGAGACGAUUUUGGGACUUCAAACAGCUCAGAUAUUUUUUAAGAAGAUGUUCGACAGCAUUCUGCAUGCCCCUAUGUCAUUUUUUGAUACAACUCCUUCAGGAAGGAUUCUCAGUCGGGCAUCGUCUGACCAAACAGCCAUUGAUGUUGUGCUGGCAUUUUUCAUUGGUCUGACAAUUUCAAUGUACAUUUCAGUAUUGAGCACCAUAAUUGUUACUUGUCAGGUCGCCUGGCCAUCAGUUAUAGCAGUAAUUCCUCUUCUACUAUUGAACAUUUGGUACAGGAAUCGCUAUCUUGCAACCUCUCGGGAGUUAACUCGACUUGAAGGAGUAACAAAGGCACCAGUUAUUGAUCACUUCUCGGAGACUGUUCUUGGUGCCACAACCAUAAGAUGUUUUAAAAAGGACAAAGAAUUUUUCCAGGAGAAUUUAGACAAAAUUAAUUCAAGUUUGCGCAUGUACUUCCACAACUAUGCAGCAAAUGAAUGGCUUGGGUUCCGACUGGAGCUGAUUGGAACUCUUGUAUUAUCAAUAACUGCAUUUCUAAUGAUUAGCCUGCCCAGUAAUUUUAUCAAAAAAGAAUUUGUUGGAAUGUCUCUUUCGUAUGGUCUAUCCCUCAAUUCUCUGGUGUACUUUGCAAUAUCUAUUAGCUGCACGUUGGAAAAUGAUAUGGUUGCUGUGGAGAGGGUAAAUCAGUUCAGCAAUCUUCCUUCUGAGGCAGCAUGGAAAGUAGAAGAUCGUCUUCCUUCUCCGAAUUGGCCCACUCAUGGAGAUAUUGAUAUUAAGAAUCUAAAGGUUAGGUACCGACCCAAUACCCCUUUGAUUCUGAAAGGAAUUAAUAUAAGGAUCAGUGGUGGAGAAAAGAUAGGAGUUGUAGGAAGGACUGGUAGUGGCAAGUCAACUUUGGUCCAAGCAUUGUUCAGGCUCGUCGAGCCAGCAGAGGGGAAAAUUAUCAUUGAUGGGAUAGACAUAUGCACAUUGGGUCUCCAUGAUCUGCGAUCUCGCUUCGGCAUCAUUCCCCAGGAGCCGGUUCUGUUCGAAGGAACAAUUCGAAGCAACAUUGAUCCAAUUGGGCAGUAUUCAGAUGCAGAGAUAUGGCAGGCUCUGGAGCGCUGCCAGCUGAAAGAUGUUGUAGUUUCAAAACCGGAAAAACUUGAUGCUCCAGUGGCUGAUAGUGGAGAGAACUGGAGUGUAGGCCAAAGACAGCUCCUUUGUCUUGGUCGUGUCAUAUUGAAGCAGACUCGAAUCUUAUUUAUGGAUGAGGCAACUGCUUCAGUCGAUUCACAAACUGAUGCUACAAUUCAGAAGAUCACACGACAAGAGUUCUCAUCAUGUACAAUAAUUAGCAUUGCGCACAGAAUACCAACAGUCAUGGACUGUGAUAGGGUUUUGGUGCUGGAUGCAGGUCUGGUAAAAGAAUUCGAUGCACCAUCUAGGUUGCUUGAACAGCCCUCCCUCUUCAGUGCAAUGGUUGAGGAGUAUGCGAAUCGCUCGGCAAACCUAUAACUCUACCCAUGUCAUCUGCUGCGGAGUUUAAGAAAUAAAGAGUCAUUUUGAUAGAUAUAUGUCAUCUGUCGCAAAGGAAAAGGCAGGACGACCUAAGGAGGAGGAUGGCACGGCACGCUGAUCGGCAUAGUUAGUUUGGUUCAGGUUCAGUUGUUGUUGAGAUUUGCUUUGUUAGGCUCGGUUUUAUUAGCGAUGAGUUGUUAGCUUGAGCAUGGGACAAUUGUAAUCAGCCUUGUAUAGUGUAUAUGUGAAGGCUGUGUACUUGGAACACCAAGUCCCAAGAUCUUGCUCACGGAAAGAGACUGGAAUAAGUUGAGGCUUACCAUUUCAGAGACACACGGAGAGCACAUUUUGUUUAAAUGGCAGUGUUACUUUGAGUCACUGUUUGCCUAAACAGCCCUUUAGCA